GUUGCUUCCCGAAAUGAUUCUCUGUUUCGAAUCUCUCGAUUCAGCGCGCUUCACAACACCAUGUAAAUACAACGAGAUCAACAAACAAACGCGAUUAUGAAUUAAACUUUUCGAUCUUUUUCCUGUUUAUAGUGUUUUUGUUUAGUUAUGGCCUGGUUUCACAGACAGGGCUUAGGUUAAAUCAGAAUUAGGCCAUAAAUUAUAAACGUGAAUUAAAAAAAAAAAAAACAUUAGUUGUGGUGAGCAUCUUAAAACAAUUGCACGGACAUAUUUUAAGAUCAGUGUAAGUUUCUUUCAUUUGAAAGAGCUCAGACUUAGAUUUUAGUCUGAGACUAGUCGUCAGCCUUGUCUGUGAAACCAGAGAUAACCGAAACCAUUAAUUAUCAUUCAGAGUGUCCCUUACCAGUGUGCUGACUACUGAACUAGGGAGCUGAUUGAGACACACCCAGUGAUUUAGUUUGGACUGAUUUAUCUUUAAUUAUUCUCAUCUUAAACAUGACAGUGUGUGGAUCUCAGCAGGAGUUUUUCUGUGUGUUUGGACACACUGUUAUAAAGAUGGAGUUUAUUAAAGAAGAGAGAGAAGAUGUGAAGACUGAAGACACUUUCAGAGUCAAACAAGAAGAUACUGAGGAACAAACAGACCUUAUGCUGCUGAAAGAAGAGCGCAUUGUACAGAAUGAAACAGAAGAGAAUGAACAAUAUGAGACUCAUCAUGAUUUUAUAACCGGAGAAGAAUCUUUCAGUUGGCCACAGAUUAAAGAGACUUUCUCACUGAAAACCGCUCAUAAAACAGGAACUACAAGUUAUUUCACCCCUUUUCACUCUGAGAAGAGUUUCAAUGAACAUGGAAACCUUAAAGUCCACACGAGCGUUCACUCUGGAGGGAAGACAUUCCCCUGCCAACAGUGUGGAAAAAGAUUUACUCAAAAAGUAAACCUUAACAGGCACUUAAAAGUUCACACUGGAGAAAAGCCUCAUAUCUGCCCUGAGUGUGGAAAGAGUUUCGAUCGUAAUGGAAACCUUAAUAGGCACAUGAGAGUUCACACUGGAGAGAAGCCUUGCACCUGCAAACAGUGUGGAAAGAGAUUUGAUCAACAUGGAAACCUUAACAGGCACAUGAGAGUUCACACUGGAGAGAAGCCUUACACCUGCCAAAAGUGUGGAAAGUGUUUCAAUCAUAAUGUAAACCUUAAAGUGCACAUGAGAGUUCACACCGGAGAGAAGCCUUACACCUGCAAACAGUGUGGAGUCAGUUUCUCUCAUGAAGGAAGCCUUUACAGGCACAUGAGAGUUCACACUGGAGAGAAGCCUUACACCUGCCAACAGUGUGGAGUCAGUUUCACACUCAAAGGAAACCUUAAAGUCCACAUGAGAAUUCACACUGGAAAGAUGCCUUUUACCUGCCAACAGUGUGGAAAAAGUUUCAGUAGAAAAGAAAACCUUAAUGACCACAUGAUAAUUCAUAUAGGAGAGAGUCCUUUUAUCUGCCAACUGUGUGGAAAAAGUUUAAACCGCAAUGAAAGCCUUAACAGUCACAUGAGAAUUCACAUGGGAGAGAAUCGUUUUGUGUGCCAUCAGUGUGGAAAUGGUUUCAACUGAAAAGAAAAUCUUAACAAACACAAGGGAAUUCACACAAGAUAAAAACCGUAUACAUGCCCUCAGUGUGGAGAGAGUUUCAAUCUACAUGGAAGCCUUAAAGCCCACAUGAGUCACACUAGAGAGAGUUCCUUCACCUGCCAACAGUGUGGAAAGAGUUUUACUCAAAAAGGAGAUCUUAACAUGCACAUGAGAAUUCACACUGAAGACAAGCCUUACACCUGUCCUGAGUGUGGAAAGAGUUUUGGUCAACAUGGAAACCUUAAAGUGCACAUGAGAGUUCAUCCUGGAGAGAAACUAUACUCUUGUCUUCAGUGUGGAAAGAGUUUCUAUAAUCAAGAGACUAA